CCUCAUCGCUCUCCUCCUCCUAAUCCUCCUCUUCACCCUCGUCCUGUAUACUCGCCACCGAUGGUGCAAGCGUCGCCGUAUCCCGCAGAAGAGUGCCAGCACCGAGGCCACUCAUGAGAUCCACUACAUUCCAUCCGUUCUGCUUGGCCCUCAGGGCCGCGACAACUACCGGAGCUCUCGGAACGCUCACCAGCACGGCAGCUCCGUUAUCGGGAUGCCCAUUCGCGAGACGCCCAUUCUCGAUGAUUACGACUGCGAUGAGGAUGACCAGGGAGGACACUCGCUUAACUCCACGCCCAACCAACACCACAUCAAGCUAAAUGACGGAAAGCUGAAGGAGGACUACGGCGUGAACAUCAGCGUCGGAGGGCACACGGACAUAAUGUGCAAGGACGACGACCUGAAGCAUAAUUUCGAUCAGCGAGCCAUCGACCCAAACACCGAAUCUGUAGAGGAUUUGAUGCAGAGGUUCCAGGACAGCUUCCGUGUUCCCAACACACCGACAAACAUGUCCCACUACCAACACGUGGUCCACAGCUCCUCCACUGGCCGCCGCAGGGUCCCCAGCCACACCAGAGCGACUGGAGGGGUGUUUGGUCCUCAAGGAGAAUCGGGGUCAGAGCCUGAAGAUGACGGCCAAAUGAAGUUUUACACAGAACAACACAGAGGACGACGACGCGGCAAAGGCCACCCACACAGUCCUCUAAAUAAGGUCACCCUGACGCUGAUUACCAUCAGCACGUGUGUCAUUGCCAUUGUCUACGCUACGCAGGAAUCCUGCCCUCUCACUGUCAAGGUUACCCUCCAUGUGCCUGAGCAUUUUGUUGCGGACGGAAGUAGUUUUGUGGUCAGCAUGGGAAGCUUCUUGGAUGUUUCUAAUUGGCUAAACCCGGCCAAGCUCACCCUCUACUAUCAGACCAACUCAUCCACACAAUGGGUGCAGGACUUCUGUGGCCAGAGGACGACUGAGCCCUGCGAACAGAUUUGCGAUCAAGACUCAGGAGAAUGCAGCUGUCACGAGGGUUAUUCCCCCGAUCCUGUCCAUAAACACCUUUGCCUCCGCAGCGACUGGGGUCGCAACGAAGGUCCAUGGCCGUACGCUAACUUGGAGAAAGGCUAUGACCUAGUUACAGGACAGCAAGCCCCAGAGAGGAUCUUCAGAUCAAUCUACAGUCUGGGCCAAGGCUUGUGGCUGCCAGUCAGCAAGAGUUUCGUGGUGCCACCAGUGGAGCUGUCAAUCAACCCCAUCGCCAGCUGUAAAACAGACGUGUUGGUUUCUGAAGAUCCGGGGGAGGUCAGGGAGGAGGCCAUGAUGUCCACUUACUUUGAGACAGUAGAUGACCUGCUGGCGUCAUUCGGGCCGGUCCGUGACUGCUCCAAAGAUAACGGCGGCUGCAAGAAGAACUUCAAGUGUGUGUCCGACAGACAGUUGGACUCAUCUGGCUGCAUGUGUCCUGGGGGGCUGAGGCCAAUGAAAGAUGGCUCAGGUUGCUAUGACUACUCCAUGGGCAUUGACUGCACGGAUGGCUUCAAUGGAGGCUGCGAACAGCUGUGUCUUCAGCAGCUUGUGCCCCUUGAAGAUGACCCGAGUUCCAGCAAUGUGCUUAUGUUUUGUGGGUGUGUGCAGGAGUACAAACUUGCAGGGGACGGGCGCUCCUGCCUCCUGCAGUCGGACAACUGCGAGGGACCAAAAUGCUCAAGGCAGGAUGUCCACUUCAAUGACACCCUGUUUGGUGAGAUGCUGCAUGGAUACAACAACAAAACCCAGCAAGUCAACCUGGGACAGAUAUUCCAAAUGACAUUCCGGGACAACAAUUUCAUUAAGGACUUUCCCCAGCUAGCCGACGGUCUCAUGGUCAUCCCUUUGCCUGUAGAGGAACAAUGUCGCGGUGUCUUGUCAGAACCCCAGCCCAACCUGCAGCUCCUCUCAGGCGAUGCCCAGUUCAAUGAAGCAGUGGGCUAUCCGAUGAUUCAACAGUGGAGAGUGCGCAGCAAUCUGUACAAAGUCAAACUCAGCUCCAUUACCUUAUCUACAGGCUUUUCCAAAGUGCUGAAGACACUGUCAGCAGACAGCACACGGGACGAGUUGCUGGCAUUUCUCCAGGAAUACGGCAGCCACUAUGUGUCUGAGGCCCUGUAUGGCUCUGAGCUCAGCUGCAGCAUCUAUUUCCCCAGCAAGAAGUCCCAGCAGCAGCUCUGGCUGCAGUACCAGAAAGAGGCAACAGACCAAGGGAUUGGAGGCGGCGGGCGGCGAGAGCUUAAGUCUGUAACGUUCAUCAGCUACCUGUCUGCACUGCAGAAAAGCCAGCUUUUGUCUGAUGACAUGGUAAAUGGGGUGGAGAUCCGCUGUGAGGAGAAGGGAAGUUGCCCAACUGGCUGCCACCUGUGCCAUCACCAGGCCAUGGUGUCAGGAAGAGGCCGCAGUGGUAAUGGCAAAGGCGGAGAGCAGCCUUCCCCCAUUCCUGUGCUGCUGGAAGUCAGCCGUGUGGUGCCCCUCUAUAGUCUGGUCCAAGACAACGUCACCAAAGAGGCCUUCAAAAGCGCCACAAUGAGCUCAUACUGGUGUGCUGGAAAGGGCGAUGUCAUUGAUAACUGGUGUCGCUGUGACCUGAGUGCCUUCAGCAAAGAUGGCCUGCCUAACUGCAGUCCCCUCAGGAAGCCAAUUUUGCGCCUAGCCCCUUAUCUGGAGCCCUCAAGCACAAUGGUGGCCCUGGAGUGGAUGGAUGUGGAGCCUCUGAUUGGAUGCAAGAUUUCUGACUAUAUCAUCCAGCACAAACGAGUGGAUGACCCCAUGGAGGCAGAGGUCUACACAGGUGAGGUUCUGAGUUUGAUGGACGAUCUGUUCUCUGGUCUGGGCUCGUCCUGUGUUGUUGCCGGCAGGAGAAGUGGAGACCGUCCUCACUCUGUGCUUUAUUCCGUGGUCUUCAAGUGCCUGGAACCCGACAGUCUGUACAAGUUUACUCUCAAUGCAGUGGAUAGCCGAGGUAGUCACUCCGAAUCAAGCUUCGUCUCUGUACGGACAUCCUGUCCGAUGGUGGAUGACAGCCGGGCUGAAGAGAUUGCAGACAAGGUGUACAACUUGUACAAUGGCUACACCAGUGGUAAGGAGCAGCAGAUGGCCUACAACACACUGAUGGAGGUCUCGCCACCCCUGCUUUACAGAGUACAACAUCACUACAACUCCCACUAUGAGAAGUUUGGGGACUUUGUGUGGCGUAGUGAGGAUGAGCUGGGUCCCAGAAAAGCCAACCUGAUACUUCGCAGAGUGGAGAAGAUCAGCCACUACUGUCGCUCGCUCCUGCGCAGCACCCACAUCCAGAGCCGCACCGACACCAUGGCGUACGUCUUCUGUCGGAGCGAAGAGGGCCGGCCUCCCGGCAACUUAAGGCAUGGCUCCUUGCACGAAAGACGCGCCUCCUGCAUGGAGAAGCUCAUUUCGGUACAGCGCAACACAUACAGCAACACCAAACUCCGAUGAGACGAGAGCUCGGACGUGAUCGGCACGUCUUUCUCCUUGACAAAAUGACAUCAUCGAUCGAUGUACUCGGUCACGCCGCUCUGCAGCAGGUGUCUCUCGAGUGACUGGUACAUUUUGAAAACCAGGAGAGCCCACCCCCCUCCCUCCCUCCCCCACCACCCCACUCCCCCAAAAAAAAAAACUCCCACAAAAUUCACUGGACAUUGUGGUAAAGCUACCGAAAAAACAUAUUUUUGUGUGGCCUACUUUUAUUAUAUUUGAGAAAUAAAAGAAGAAAUGUAUGGAGUGAUCAUUAUGUCUCAAAUGCAAAAUGCCAGUGAUUGCACAUAUCAAGGAGAGACUGCAGUGGGGACAUGUUAAAUAUCAUCCAGCCAAGAGAAACUGCUUGGCUUAAGUACUUCGAAUGUAUUAUUGUAGUUCCUUUUUGGUGCUUUGAGGCUUAUUUGGAACACAUAACAGAA